GUAAAGAAAAAAUUAUUGGAAGAUUAAUAUGGGAAAAUUUGAAAAAGAAGUUAAAAACAUUUGAUAAUACAGUGUCUGUCAUUUAGUAAGCCAAUGAAUUUAGAUCUGGAAAACAAAAAUAACAUAUUUGGACAGUGAAGAAAGAAUUUUGAUACACUCAUAGAAAACCCGAAAGGAGAAAAGCAAAAAAGCCAGAUCACAAUCUCAAACUCGCUUCUUCUUCUUCCUCACUCUCUUAUUAGGUUCAGUUCCUUUUCGAUUCUUCGUGUGGAUCGCUGUCGGUAGAUUUCCGAUUUCUUUAGGUUCUGCUCGAAAUCGUGGUUUAGUGUUUAUUAUCAUCGAUUCAGAAAACGGUGGGUAAACUUGUAGCGGAAGAUGAGGCGGUGGCCGGUGGAUCACCGGCGGCGAGGUAGAAGGAGAUUGUCGAGUUGGAUAUGGUUUCUCCUUGGUUCUUUCUCUGUCGCUGGUUUAGUUCUCUUCAUCGUUCAGCAUUAUCACCAUCAACAAGAUCCAUCCCAGCUUUUACUUGAGAGAGACACGAGAACCGAAAUGGUAUCUCCUCCCCAUUUAAACUUCACGGAAGAGGUCACAAGUGCUUCCUCCUUCUCUAGGCAGUUAGCAGAGCAAAUGACACUUGCCAAAGCUUAUGUGUUUAUAGCUAAAGAGCAUAAUAAUCUUCAUUUAGCUUGGGAAUUGAGUUCUAAGAUCAGAAGUUGUCAGCUUUUGCUUUCCAAAGCAGCUAUGAGAGGACAACCUAUUUCGUUUGAUGAGGCUAAACCGAUUAUUACUGGUCUAUCAGCUCUUAUCUACAAGGCUCAAGAUGCACAUUAUGAUAUUGCCACCACUAUGAUGACCAUGAAAUCUCACAUCCAAGCACUUGAAGAGCGUGCAAAUGCAGCUACUGUUCAGACCACAAUAUUUGGGCAAUUGGUUGCUGAGGCAUUACCAAAGAGCCUCCACUGUUUGACGAUAAAGCUCACAUCUGAUUGGGUAACAGAGCCAUCUCGCCAUGAACUGGCAGAUGAGAACAGAAACUCACCUAGACUUGUCGACAACAACCUCUACCACUUCUGCAUCUUCUCGGACAACGUGAUUGCCACCUCGGUUGUUGUUAAUUCAACUGUCUCGAAUGCUGAUCAUCCAAAGCAGCUUGUUUUCCACAUAGUGACGAAUCGAGUGAGCUACAAAGCUAUGCAGGCCUGGUUUCUAAGUAAUGACUUCAAGGGCUCAGCAAUAGAGAUCAGGAGCGUAGAGGAGUUUUCUUGGUUGAAUGCUUCAUAUUCUCCUGUUGUUAAGCAACUGCUGGACACAGAUGCAAGAGCUUACUAUUUCGGGGAACAGACAAGUCAAGAUACGAUUUCCGAGCCAAAAGUGAGGAACCCAAAGUACUUGUCAUUACUGAACCAUCUCAGAUUCUACAUUCCGGAGAUCUAUCCACAGCUAGAGAAGAUUGUUUUCCUAGACGAUGAUGUUGUUGUUCAGAAAGAUUUGACUCCACUCUUCUCCUUGGAUCUGCAUGGAAACGUCAAUGGAGCUGUGGAAACAUGUCUUGAAGCCUUUCACCGAUAUUACAAGUAUCUAAAUUUCUCGAACCCACUCAUCAGCUCAAAGUUCGACCCACAAGCAUGUGGAUGGGCUUUUGGUAUGAACGUUUUUGAUCUGAUCGCUUGGAGGAAUGCAAACGUGACUGCUCGGUACCAUUACUGGCAAGAUCAGAACAGAGAACGAACGCUUUGGAAACUCGGGACACUCCCUCCAGGUCUACUAUCUUUCUAUGGUCUCACAGAGCCACUGGACAGAAGAUGGCAUGUCUUGGGUUUAGGUUACGAUGUGAACAUCGAUAACCGUCUGAUCGAAACAGCAGCUGUGAUUCACUAUAAUGGUAACAUGAAGCCUUGGCUAAAGCUGGCUAUUGGUAGGUAUAAACCUUUCUGGUUAAAGUUUUUGAACUCGAGCCAUCCUUAUUUACAAGAUUGUGUCACAGCUUAAAGCAAAAGACGUUGAGAGUUGAGGCUAAUCAAUAUCAGAAGAUUCUUGAUUUCUUAUACACUUUGAAGAUUCUUUUUUUUUUGGAAUAUUGUAGAUCAAAUUCAGAUUUCCUUCUGAAGACUGUUUUUUGUUUUUUUUGGGUCGGAAGAGAAAACUUAUAAUCACACACACAUUAGAGGUUGAAUAUAUUACUUACAGGGAUAAUUGGUGACCUCUGUUCUACGUUUUUAAAUAGGUUUGUUCUAUCACUUGCAAACGAGAAAACUUUU